ACUUUAUCCAACGAUCACAUGAUUCAUACAAUAAAACUGAUUUAGGACAACGAUACCGUUCAAGUACAAUUUAUACAUAAAUAGACUAAGAAGAAAAAAAUGGAUUAAGAAGGAACAUAAAGGAUGCUCAGGUUCGUGCGCUUUCUAAAUCGCAGUCUCAGCCGUUUAGCACGGGAGAAGAGCUUCAAAGCAGAUGGUUAAUUUCGAUAAGACGGUGGUGAGCUUAUUAUCGAGUGGGUGGAGAACGGAAGGUGGCCGAUGUAAGCACGUAUCGUAGCUUUUGUGGUUGGCAGAAUGGAUUCCAUAAUGAGAUGCCGUGUAAACUGGGACAUCUAAUUAUACUCGAGUGCACACCACUCCAGAAACGUUCGGUCGUCCCUGGAGCUCGAGCCUGGCUCCUGUCGAAACGAUAACGAAUAUUCAAGGAUCACCCUACAACGGCCCUCUACGAUCAUUCAUCGUAAUUUAUUGGUUUCUUUGAUUCCAACCUCUCUGGAUUUCGAAAGUCAUAAGUUUCGUUUGAAUCUUUUUGGAAACUUCUUAGAAUCUUUUUCUCCGAGCUCAGAGUUGGUCAUUUGCACUCAUGUGCUACAACUUGCAAAUUCAACUGCAUUAGCAAUAAUGUUUGUAUCAAAAUAAAAUUUCACAUUAAUCGUCUUGAGAUGAAUUAAAACUUGCUGCUGAUUGUAUCAAGAUGAAAAUGGUGACAUUUUAAGGGGAUCAAAAAUACAUGGAUGAAGAAUGUUAGCAAUGUCAGCAGUCUGCAAUGUUAAGUUGAUCAGUUUAAAGUUAGCUCGAGUUGAAUCUCAUUAUCGGUUCAAUUCAAUCAUGUUUACCAUCUUAAUUUAUACAAAAAAUAAAGUUAGCGUCCAUGUAACCUUUCAACAGUAGAUUUUACAUUGAAAAUCUGUGCAAGAUGAAAUGAGUCGUGAACAGAGAUCCUUUGAUCGAAUAAGGGUUGACAAAGACCGUACAAAAUCAUGAAAACGAUGAGAUAUUCUUCAUUACGAAUACCUCGAAGAACCAGUGACCCGACUAGCCAUUGUUCUUCAAUUGUGGAAGAUUGAAAACGUUCCUAAAAUAUCAGUUAUUGAACAUUCGAAAUAUAAAAGGGAAGAGGGAUGGUGGGGGCAGAGGGACGAAAGGGAAAGAGAGGAGGUGAGCGAUAGCGAGAAGGAUGCAAUCACCAGAAGAACAAUCAGCCCUAAGUAUGGGGAGUGUCGUGGGCAGUAACGUAAACGUAAGCAACGGAACGACGAGGAGGAUGGACUCGACGACGUUCCUGCCAGAAGCGACGCCGACCCUCAGCGAACGAGAACAACUCAAAAUUGAAUUUUACAAAACCUAUGAUGUUAUGACCGGAGUCAGAAUUGCAGCGACUCUCGGUGGUUUUUUCGGUCUUAUGAUUCUUCUGCUUGUCUAUAAAAGCAGGUGUAAAUCGAGCAAGCAGUUGGAAGAUCCAAGACUGACCGCAGCAGCGGCCGCAGCGGUAGCUGAAGCAGAAGCUGAGGAAAGAGCUCUCGCAGCCGCCCUCGAAGCCAUUACUAGAUUACCACCUAGACCAGACAGGGGUCCCAGAAGGUCUCUUUGUGUUGAGGUGACUCAAUCUCAUUCUCCAAGAAUCGGCCCGCGUUUCGCAUCAGUCGGAGGUGGUUACGAGGCUCUAUUAACAGCGCCAACGAAGCAACCAAAUUUGGCACCUCCGGAAGAACAGAGAAGAUGCAGUUCCGUGACUUGUAGCAGUACUGGAAGUAGUUAUCUCGAGAGGAGAGGGUCUGCGAUGCCCGUACCAUGUCUGCCGCUUCAUCCUGCGUUUUCGACGAAACACUCUGCCCACGACGAACCCUGGGACCUUUAUUAUCCAAUUGAUAUUCAAGUAAUCCAGCCAACCCCUGAGCUUUCUCCAUGCACAAGUGAAGCAGGUCUUUAUGCAAAUGAAUUGAUGAUCACAGGAACUGCUGGUAAAAGAGCACCAUUGGCUUCCAUGGGCAGCGUAGAUCCUCCUGAACCAGAUUCAAGCUUUGAUCAUUCAAAAUCACUGGGUUCUGACUCAGUCUUCCUGAGAACCGAUGAGCAGGAAGAGUGUCUAGAUACAGAGGAUGAGGUGUCUGGUUUCUCAACCGAUUCUGAAACACCUGGUCCCAGUUGUCGACGAUUUCUUCGUGUACCUUCCAAGAAAAAGAAGAUUGUUGAGAAAUGGGAUGGUUGUGCUGGAUGUGUUCCUAGACGACGGCCUGGAGGAAAACCAUGCCAAACUUGCCACAGCAUCAGCGCAGCUGUUGAAACUUCAGGAUCUCAGGCAGCAUCUACGAGCUCUAGCAGCCAGAGUAGCCUCGGUUCUCCACCGUGUUCACCGGCCAUCGAGCUCAGACAUAGACCACCACCAGCGCCAUUACCGUCGAAUCCACCUGUCUGGUCGCAAGAAACAUUGUUUUAAUCCUUUGAAGACUUAUUGGGAAAAGGAUGUCAUGAAUAGCUGGCAAUCGCACAAAAGUAUCUCCUCUAAGGAAAAGGAACGAAGAUUGACUUUUAUAAUGGUCCAUGAUAUCGGUUUAACUAGAAAAGAAACAAUAAAUAAAGAAUGGAGAAGUAAAGAUGGAAGGAAAAAUGAAAGACAUGGGAAUAAAAGAAAGGGAAGAGAAAAAAUGGAAAACCCUACAGAAUGUAAAAGAAAAAGAGAACCUUGAAGACAAAAAGAUUGUUAAGCAAUUUAAAAAAUGGGAAUGCGGGAGAAUAAUUGCAAAACUGUAAUUAAAUAUAAAAAGUAAUUGAAGAAAUAAUAAAUACCGAAAAUUUUAUGAACAAAUAAGUAGGUGAAGAGAAGUUCAUGAAAAAUUAGCCCCAACUUUUUGUUCUUUUUGUUUAAAGGAAAAUAACAUCGAGCAGGAAAUAAUAGUAUCGUGUGUCAAGUUUCUAAAAGAGAACUGACAAGAACGAAUGAAAGAUAGUUAACCAUAAAAGUGGAAUAACCAAAGGAAAUGCCAAAACAUUUGUAUAGUAGCUUUUAAGAUACGAGCAAACAAAGAGAGAAACAGAAACUAACAGACUAAUUAAUCGUUAAACGAACUGUUGUAAAAAAAAGAAGAAAACGGUAGCGUGCCAUAGAUAUAUAUUGUAAAUAACAAAUAAAAUGGUAAAAGGAAAGAACUCGGUUCCUUUUUUUCGUACUCGAAAAAGAGUGAAAACGCGUCACGUUUAUAUCGCGUUAGACAGGAAAAAAAAUCAAAACUUUUAAAAAAGAUGUUGAUCUAGUUGUGCGUGUAUAAAUAAAAAAACAAAAAACAAAGAAAUGAAAAAUACUUCUCGUUAUUCGUUUUUUUGUUUUAAAUAUUGCAUAUGUAUAUAUAUAUAUGUACGUAUAAUACGCGCGAUUAAAGAUAAAAAACUAGAUUAAUCAAGUGAGGAACUUGAAGGAACAAAAAUCUAUGAAAUUCGUCAAUUUAUUUUUUCCAAGUUGAAACGAAUGGUUUUAGAUCGAAGUAGUUGACGAAUAAUUUCAAUAAAACAAGGAGUUUAAUAACAUAUUUCGUUAGAAUAAUUUUUAUAUCAAGUUAAAAUAAAUUAAACCAAGAUUAUUUAUAUAGAACAGACAUCACAUAGUAUUCAAAGUUUCGUUUCAGUUUUAUGUUUUUUUUCAUGUUUAAUUACUUAAUGACGCUUUGAUGACUGCCAAUUGAAAAGCAGAAAUCCUCUAUGUAUGUGACUCGUGGUACAUGUGUGUUGUGCACGCCUGCGUGCAUAUGUUGCGUGUGUGUAUAUGAGCGUACCUUUACGCACACGUGUAUAGAAAACUAGAAAAUCAAAGCCAAAUAUUAAUAGUGUUGUCAAUUUUUCCAAUAAUCGGGACACGUUUAUAAUCUCGUACUUCUCAGUUCUACAUGUUUUACUUCAAUUGUUGCAUAUUCUUAACUAAUGUAGUAUAUUCUUUAUUGAUCAGAGUCUUCUUUUUAUUGUUACUCUAAACUGAUAUAGUUACAAUAUUAAUUUAUUUAUGUUGUUUGUUAAUUGUUAAAUGUGCGAACUAAGACGAAAUUGUUAUAAACGUGAACCCGAUUAAACGUUUAAUAAUCACGUUACAACGCGAAACUUCUGUCGGUGCCUUUCCGCCGGAUCUUCUUCCAUCAUUAUGGUUUUAGAUAGUAUCAUCUCAUCAAGGAAAAUCAUAAAUAAAUCAAAUGCUAUGUCUGUAUAGCGACAGAGAGUGGACAAAAUAAUGGAAACACUGAAUAUCUAGCAUGUUAUUUUUAAAUGUUUUCUUCUGUCAAAUAUUUUAUUUAAUCCUCAUCGAAUUUUCUUAGCAAUUGUUUGUUAAAUGUAUAUGCUAAUUUCAUAUUUUCGUUAUAGUUUCAUUUUUAACUUAAACUAACAGAAUAUAACAAAAAAGAUUAGUGAAUUGUUAAACAUGUAUUUACUUGUAACAAGUGUUUCCAUUAUGUUGCUCAAUUACUGUAUAUUAAUGACAAUCAUAAUCAAAAGUUGUGAUUAUCCUUGUCACCGUAAUUAUAACACGAAUGAAAAAAAGUAAAACGGCGAAAAAACGUGUAACGACUAGUAAAAAAAUAACUGAGAGAAUUAUACCUCUAACGAUAGGGUGAGAAACUACAAACUCAAAGCAAUCGAAACUGUAAAUUAGAGUAAAACGAACGAAAGAAAAAUACUAUGAAACGAUAAGAGAAAAGGAAUAGGUGAUUAUGAUUAUGAUGACGGUCAUGAUCACGAAAAAUGAAGCUCCACCAUUCUUUCGUAAUGUUUUGAACAAAUCUUUCCUGAUGUACGAACAAUAAAACUUUCACUAUUUCCUACUA